CUCAAAUUUGAGUACUAACUCAAAUUUCAACAAAUUCAAUCCAUUGUUCCAAACAAAGUUUUGCGUGCAUGAGCAAAACAACGACCAGUCUACCGAACUGUCAACGUCACUGCGCGCUCAACACAGCAACCGUCGGCUGCAAGUUCAAAAAAUACGCGGCGUCGUUUCAAUCACAACCGAAGAAUCCGGAACAUCCGGCGUAGAAGGAAUCACAAGUUUGUUAAAAAUGCCGCGCCGCGUAAGAACCCCACCACGACGUAUUCCACCCCAACCAUCGGCCAAGGACGGCCAACGUGCCGGUUCGUCCCGCAAUCAGCCAUCCCAACAAGACUUGCAGGAAGCUGGGCCUUCCCGGGCAGGCACUCGGUCAUCCCGCCGUUCGCGGUCCGAACCGCGACGUUCGGCCAACAGAGACGACAGCAGUAGCUCCAGCGAGGACGAUCGUAGCUACCGGUUGCCCCGAAUGUCCCGAUCGCGCUCGGAGCAGCGCAACGCGCGGCCAACUCGACUCCACGGAGCUCGCGUUCUCCGGGAAAUCACCCGUCUCCAGCUGACCACAGACCUCCUGAUCCCGAAGCUACCCUUUGCCCGGCUUAUUCGCGAAGUUCUGCAGCAGUAUUCCCAGCGGAACCUGCGAAUAACCCCGGAGGCCCUGCUUUGCCUGCAAGAAUCGUCCGAAAUCUACCUGACGCAGAUGUUCGAGGACGCGUACCGGUGCACGCUUCACCGGGAACGCGUUACGAUGAUGCCCAAGGACAUGAACCUGGCGCUGUACCUGCGCGAACGGUGGGCUCGCUGAG